UAUGACUAUAUAUAAUAUUGACUUGUCUAAACAUUUUGUAAUAUAUAGAAACAUGCAAAAUUCCGGUAGGUGCAAUAUUGAUAAACUGCCAUUGCAAUAGAGACGAAUCAAUCCAAACCUUAUAACAUAAAACGUUAUAUUUCACUUUCUUCCAUUCUCAUCAGUCGACACAAAAUUAAUAUUCGAUCACAUAACCAAAAAGAAGAGAAGAAAAAAAAAUGGUGAUGGAGGAAGCUAGAGCGACUUCGGAUUCUGUCGUGUCAGAAUUUGAAGGGACAAUACUGCGGAACGAAGAUCCAUUCUCUUACUUCAUGCUCGUUGCCUUUGAAGCAUCUGGUCUAAUUCGUUUCGCCGCCUUGCUGUUUCUUUGGCCCGUAAUCACACUCCUUGACGUUUUCAGCUACAAGAACGCCGCUCUCAAGCUCAUGACUUUUGUAGCCACCGUUGGUUUACGCGAACCGGAGAUUCAAUCGGUGGCUAGAGCCGUCCUGCCUAAGUUCUACAUGGAUGACGUAAGCAUGGACACUUGGAAAGUUUACAGCUCGUGCAAGAAGAAGUUCGUGGUUACGAGAAUGCCUCGAGUUAUGGUGGAGAUGUUUGCAAAGGAGCAUCUUAAAGCUGACGAAGUCAUCGGUUCAGAGCUGAUAGUGAACCGGUUCGGUUUUGUCACGGGCUUGACACGUGAAUCCGAUAUCGAUCAAUCUGUUUUGAGCCGUGUUGCUGAUUUGUUUGUUGAUAGAAAGCCUCAGAUAGGUCUUGCAAGAUCUGGCAAGACAAUUUCUACAACUUUCUUAUCGUUAUGUGAGGAGCGUAUUCAUGCACCAGUUCCGGAGAACUACAACCACCGCAACCAACACCUUGAGCUACGGCCACUUCCGGUAAUCUUCCACGACGGACGCCUUGUCAAGCGGCCAACUCCACCCACCUCUCUCCUCAUCCUCACAUGGAUCCCAUUAGGAAUCAUUCUCGCCGCCAUUCGGAUCUUUCUUGGAUCCGUCCUCCCAUUUUGGACAACACCGUACGUCUCCAAGAUACUCGGCGGCCAGGUCAUCGUCAAAGGCAAGCCUCCUCAGCCCCCGGCGUCCGGAAACUUCGGUGUUCUCUUCGUGUGCACUCACAGAACCCUAAUGGACCCGGUGGUACUAUCAUACGUGCUAGAACGCAGCAUCCCGGCCGUUACUUACUCAAUCUCACGCUUAUCCGAGAUCUUAUCUCCCAUACCAACCGUGAGAUUGACAAGAGUCCGAGAUGUAGACGCAGCAAAGAUCAAACAACAGCUGUCUAAAGGCGAUCUAGUGGUUUGUCCCGAGGGAACCACUUGUCGUGAACCGUUCUUGCUAAGAUUUAGCGGAAUUUUCGCUGAGUUAACGGAUAGGAUUGUUCCGGUUGCUAUGAAUUAUAGAGUUGGAUUCUUCCACGCGACCACAGCGAGAGGCUGGAAAGGUUUAGACCCGAUUUUCUUCUUUAUGAAUCCAAGACCGGUUUACGAGGUUACGUUCUUGAACCAGCUUCCGGUUGAGGCUACGUGUUCGUCAGGGAAGAGGCCGCAUGACGUGGCGAAUUAUGUUCAGAGAAUCUUGGCGGCUACAUUAGGGUUCGAGUGUACUAACUUCACGAGGAGAGAUAAGUAUAGGGUUCUUGCUGGAAACGAUGGAACGGUUUCGUAUUUAUCGUUUCUUGAUCAGUUGAAGAAGGUGGUGAGCACUUUCGAGCCUUUUCUCCAUUAAAAUCAAAUUAGUAAAUUACUAUUCCGGUUUCUAAUUGCUUCCUCUUGAUUUGUUUUGAUUGCGAUUUUAGUCUGGAUUGAAUUUUGUUUUCAUAGAUGUUUGUACUAUUGUUUAUAAAUUUUGCUCUUUUUUCAGAUGUAAACUAACUCCCCAUAGCUAAUGUUGAAGA